AUGCGAGUUGUCUUGCAGAAGGUCAGUCAGGCCUCGGUGGUGGUCGACGCGCAGACGGUGUCGAGCAUCAAGCACGGCUACAUGCUUCUGGUCGGAAUCUCGACCCAAGACACCCUAGAAGAGGCCGAAAAGCUGUCCCGGAAGGUCUUAUCGCUGCGAAUUUUUGACGAUGAUACCGGUUACGGCUGGAAAAAGAGUAUCAAGGAUGUCAAUGGUCAAAUUUUGUCAAUUUCCCAGUUUACGCUGAUGGCGCGCACGAAAAAGGGGUCGAAGCCAGAUUUCCACAUGGCUCAGAAGGGUCCACUUGCCAAAGAACUCUACGAUAAAUUUUUGAGAAUGCUACAGCAAGAACUCGGUGCGGAAAACGUGAAAGACGGUGUAUUCGGAGCCAUGAUGAGCUGUUCGUUGACCAACGAGGGUCCCGUGACCAUCAUACUCGAUACCGACGAUCCCAAAUAA